AUGCGCCUGCCGCUGCAGCCCGAAACCCCUGCCGACUGCCAGCAGCCCCAAGCAGGCGAAGCGGACCGCUCUCAAUACACACAGGACGCACAGAACUCGCAGCAGCAGCCGUGGGAGCCACGCGCGGUGAACAUGCUGGAGAUCGGGCUCAAAUACGGCGACUCGCUCAAGCUCUGGAAGCGGGCGUUCCCAAGGGGCAGGAUCUACGGGAUUGACAACGAGAUGAUCUCCAAGAAGCACCAGGCAGAGGCGAGGGACCCGCGGGUGCGGCUGAUGGUGGGCGACCAGGCGAAUGGGACGUUCCUGGAGCAAGUGGUGGCUGAGAUAAAGAGUGCGGUGGGUCUGCUUGACUUCAUAGUGGACGAUGGUGGUCACACCAUGGAUCAGCAGCAGACAUCCCUCAAACACCUCCUGCCGCUGGUCAAGCCCGGCGGAAUAUAUUUUAUAGAGGAUCUCGAGACGUCAUACUACACCAAAUGCCACAUUACAGGGUGCUACGAAGGCGGCCCCCCUGGUCUCAACACCACAACAAUACACGUUCUCAAGAAGCUUAUGGACGUGGUAAACCGUGACUAUAUCGAGAAGCAGGCUUAUAUCAAGAGGGCCGCAAGUGAGGAAUUUUACACGACUCCUGUGGAGGAUUUGGUGGGCACUGUACACUGCAUGAGGAACAUUUGUGCACUUAGACGGAAAUCUAGUCCUUGGUAUUAA